UUUCCAUUUGUUGUCAUGACAAACAGCACAGGAGGCACUUACAAACUCAAUGCCAGGAAUGACAAAGACUUCACUAUGAACUACCCCACCAGCGUCAUGGUGGGGACCGGAGGAAACGCCACCGCUAAUCUGACCAUCACAGCACCCGCCAACACUGAGUCAGGGACGGACAUCACCCUGACCGUCGAGGCCGUGGCCCCGGGAUCUGUUGACUCCAACUACGUGGUCCUGCGCCUCUCUGUCGUCACCAAGGUGACAGAUUUCACUCCUCCUCAGUGUGAGGUGGUCAACGUUUCCACGGUUGACUGUCCGGCCGACCCAGUGUUCUGCAACGCCUCCUUCUGGCAGCUCUCUGCUAACCUGACCGACGGCGUCAACGGCACAGGCAUCGCCACCCUCAAAAGCCGCCAGGGCGUCGGCAGCCUCACCCACACCGACCUGAAGCAGAUGUUUGUCGCGGCGUAUUUCAACGCCUCCUGCUGCUCUCCGAAGGUGGAGCUGGUGGCGGUGGACAACGCCAUGAAUGUCGGCGUCUGUCUGUACUCCAUCGUCCGUUCCUCCGUCCCGCCCUCCCUCACCCUUACUCUGCCGUUAUGGGCGUGUCUUCUAGUCUCCGCCCUCUUCAGUGAACCCUUCAGGGGCCUACUAAUCUGAUCCGAGGGGUCGCGUUCUGCCCGCCAGCCCAACACUGAUUCAUGUGAAAUGUAAUGUUCCAGACGGACUACAUUAUCCUGCGCGUUGCACCAACCAUAGAAACACGGGACACCUCAUCGACAGCAUAAAUAUGUAUCAGAUUAUGCUGUCAUCAAGUCAUCUGGAAAGCUUAAAAAUAAAGACCCAUCCAGGUGUUUUUAGAUCAAUAGAUUUAGAAUCAAUAGAACAUACUCACAAAUCCCAGUCAAUCACGGCAUAUUAAUAGCUACAUCUGGUAGCAUCAUUUGAUGGCCAUUCUACUUUGCCAUGCAAAUGAUGGCAUCAUAAUGCCGUUGCCGUGUUUGCGGUAAAGAGGACAAUGUCACAAUGCAGUGGAAAUGUGUAGGGAAAGACCCUGAAUCUCCUAAUUGCCUGCUAUGAAAAUAUGCCUAAAUUUAGAUUAUUGCUGCUAUGUGUAAAACACUGUAUAUUCAUGUCGCCAUUACCAAUCAAAGGCAUGCUAAAAAGAACAAGCUCAUACAGAUGACAGCUAGUCUUUAGUAACCAGUUCUAAACCUGUUGAUGAUAACCUCUUAAUGUUUUGCUGUGAAAACAGCUAACAGAUUGGGUCUAAUUGUUAUUGCUAGUAUAAAUGUCAACCAAAAAAAGCUCUAUUUUCCUUUUAUGUUGUGAGUAGUGUUGGAUUACAACUAAAUGUAUACAGUUAUAACAAACCAGAUGAGAACUAUGCUAAGCUAAGUAAAGCUAAGCCUUUUGUGCUUGUAAAUGGCAUAAAAACUGUGAAAAUUGAUUAAAUGUCUUGCAUUCUU